CGCGCGCUCGGCUCUGGGUCCUCCGCCGGCCUUUGGCGCCUCCUUCCGGUCGCCGCUCUAGGCCUCGCCCAGCUCUAUGGUGACGGUGGCCGAGGUGGCCCGGCGAUCUGAAAGCCGUGGCGGGAGCCGGUCCGCUUCCUCCCCGUUUCCCCGGGAGCUGCACCCCGCCUACCCGGGGACCUGGCUGGGAGAGGCUCCCAGGCGUCCGGACCCCACCGCGAAGGUGUGCGUUGCGUGGCCCGCGGGAGCAGGUGCGGCGCCUGAGCGUGCCGGGCGCCCACUUCGGCGGACGAUGCCCCUCGUCAACCAGCGGGUCCCCGACGAGAGUGGCUACAGCCUGGUGGCCAGCCUCGACAACGUGAGGAAUCUCUCCACCGUCCUGAAGGCCAUCCACUUCCGGGAUCACGCCACCUGUUUCGCUACUAAAAAUGGAAUCAAGGUGACGGUGGAAAAUGCAAAGUGUGUGCAAGCAAAUGCCUUUAUCCAGGCUGGAAUAUUUCAGGAAUUUAAAGUUCAGGAAGAGCCUGUUACUUUCCGAAUUAAUUUAACUGUCCUUUUAGACUGCUUAUCUAUUUUUGGAUCAAGUCCUAUGCCAGGGACUUUAACUGCACUCCGAAUGUGUUACCAAGGUUACGGUUGCCCCUUGAUGCUGUUUCUGGAAGAAGGAGGAGUGGUGACAGUCUGUAAGAUCAAUACCCAGGAGCCUGAGGAAACGCUGGAUUUUGAUUUCUGCAGCACCAAUGUGAUUAAUAAAAUUAUUCUGCAGUCAGAGGGGCUUCGUGAAGCGUUUUCCGAAUUGGAUAUGACGAGUGAGGUCCUGCAGAUCACCAUGUCUCCUGACAAGCCGUAUUUCAGGUUAUCUACCUUUGGGAAUGCAGGAAGCUCCCACCUUGACUAUCCCAAAGAUUCUGAUUUGAUGGAGUCCUUUAAUUGUAAUGAAACCCAAGUUAACAGAUACAAGAUUUCUUUACUGAAGCCCUCUACAAAGGCAUUGGUCCUGUCGUGCAAGGUGUCUAUUCGGACAGAUAACCGAGGAUUCCUCUCGUUACAGUAUAUGAUUAGGAAUGAAGAUGGACAGAUAUGUUUUGUGGAGUAUUACUGCUGCCCUGAUGAAGAAGUUCCUGAUUCAGAAUCUUAAGUAUGACAAUGCACUGUGACAUUUUAUGUCUAUAUUCAUGAUAGGUCUUGUUCUCAUUCUUAUGAUUUCGUAUGGAAUCAUAAGAUUUCCCAAACGGAAGAGGCAUGGAGGAGACUGGAGCAAGAUCCCUGUGCCCUAAGUCACUGUGUAAGUAGAUGUUUUCGUGUAGUCACAGAUGACCCAGUACUGGACUAUCCUGUGGUCCUGUUUUUUUGAACUCAGGAAUUUUUAUGAGCCAUGAUGAAUAAAUUAUAUAUUCUAUUUAA